GGGGGCGACCACUCCAUGAUCAACCUGUCGGUGCAGCAGGUCCUGAGCCUCUGGGCCCACGGGACGGUGCUGAGGAGCCUCACGGAGAUGUGGUACUGGAUCUUCCUUUGGGCCCUCUUCUCCUCGCUGUUUGUCCAUGGUGCUGCCGGCGUGUUGAUGUUUGUCAUGCUGCAGAGGCACAGGCAGGGACGCGUGAUCUCUGUUGUUGCCAUCAGCAUUGGAUUUCUGGCUUCUGUAACUGGAGCAAUGAUUACUAGUGCAGCAGUGGCAGGCAUUUACAGAGUAGCAGGGAAGAACAUGGCCCCGUUGGAAGCGUUGGUGUGGGGUGUUGGACAGACUGUACUGACUAUAAUAAUCUCCUUUUCGAGGAUCCUCGCCACACUUUGAGGCUUCUGUGGGAAUGUCUUCACACAAGGAAACCGAUGUACAGAUUUCCUGAAAAUGGCUUUGUUAGCAAGUGGAAAUGGAAUUGUGCAAGAACGUGGAAUGAGCAGGUUAAACUCUGGCCUGGAGCUGUGUGAGAAGAUCGCCCUCUGGUGUUCAAGUGAUUGCACUACUGCACUGCACCUCACGUGCCUCCGUCCCAGGCAAGGUGCAUUCCAUACACUCUGUGAAGCUAGCUAGCUACAAGAAAAAGCACCUUGUUUAGCUGCCAAUCAGGUUAACAUUGGUGUUGAAAUCAUUGUUCUUAACAGUAUUGUGUUAAAUUACAAGGACAUUUUGAGGAAUUGAUAUAUGUGCCAAACCUUUUCUUUUAACAUGGAUCAUGUGACAGUCUGCAAGUGUAGCUGUAGAUGAGUGCUGUGAACCCGUUUGACGUGAAUUCAGGUGAUGUAGUUAGUUUUGUUUUGUAUAGCGAAAACUCCGUAUGAGUGCUGAAUACCAAUCAUUUCAUAUGAGAUACUUUGUUUGGUUUUUAAUGUUGAGUGUUUCUGGGAUUUAGGGCCUUAAUAUGUUUAGGCAUUGUUAUUUAACUGAAGUGGGAAAAAAUAAUUAGUGGAAAACUAGCUAAAUCAUUUUAAGGACUUAAAAAAUAAAUCUAUAGGGUGUAUACUUUUCACCAACUUAAACAGCCUUAGGGUGGUUUCCCUCAUGCAUCAAUCUAUUUAUAUGAAUUCAGAACGUUAUGGGUCACACAUACUGAUUGUAGUUUGUGCGUCAUAAAAAUAUCAUUUGAAACAUUUUCGUACAAUUUUGUAAGAAAAGAAGUCUGAAACGCAGGUUUGCAUUCUUCCUCCCUUCUGAAGAAAGGGUUUGUCUUGUGUCUCACGGACAAAACAACUUUAUAAUAAGUAUCUCAGUGGGAUGGUAACUUCGCUGUAUUUAUCUUGAUUCUUGACAACAUGUAAAUAAUCUUUGACUAACUAUAUUUAAAGAAUGGCCUAAAUUAGGCUGUGGGAGGAAAGGUCUCAUUUGCAGAAAAAGUAACAAGCAACUUCUCUAUAGUAAGAGGAAUGAACUGUCUUAACUCUGGAUAUGCAGCAACUUACAGGUUUGCUAAAUAAGCCCUGGGAGAUAAAGUAAAUCGUUAUAAAAUAUGGAAAUCUCAGCAUAGCAAUACAGGAGUGAGUGCUCUUUGAUUGAGUCAUUUUAGUGGUUUAGUUCUUGGCUUUUUCUUCUUGGUUACCGAAGCUUAUUUGAAUCUAUAUGAUAUUUACUAGUAUUUGAAUGGUCGUUGGUGGAAAACAUUUUGAGAAAUUUUAGAAAUAUGUAAUCGAUUAUAAAAGUACAUACAAUUCGGAACAAAGAGCCUGCUUAAAAUUGUCUCCCAAUGAGAUUGUUUUGGUACCAGGCACAGUGACAAACUGAUAACUCACAGAAAGACUCAUUGUGGACUGCAGGAAGGUUAAGGGUCAUCUGGCAAAUCCCUCACUAGAGCCUCACAGAUGUGUCACCUGCUUUGGGGAAAAGUAGGUUUAUCUUGGGCCAAAUGUAAAGCGUGUUACCCAUGCCACCUUCCCUCCAUUUAAAAAGACAAUACCAACCGCUUCACAGUGAGGAGUAGCUGGGGAGACUUACAUCAGUAGAGAAGCUAUUUUCAGACGUUUGUUAAAACAUGGCUUGGAAAUCUGUUAAACACAAACAAAAGCAUCUAUGCAUUCUUGGAGAUCUUGCAAGGAAAUACCUAAGUUUUGAUUUUGUUAUCAUGCAUAUGCCUGGAAUUAUUUUCAUGUGUUCUUUUAUGUCCUUGAUGUUUCUCAAUUAAAUUUGGGCAUACGUUUUCCAAAUCA